AUGGGACGCAACGAUAGUGCUGGGAAUCUGCCUUGCCAGGACGCACUCCUAGCAGACGACUGGGAUUACUGGGACAGACAUGGCGUCCGGGACUUUAAGACGGAGCCUUGGCACUGGGACACCCCGCCCAAGCCGGGUGCCCGAACAACAAGCGGGAGCCGCAAAGCGGCCAUGAUAAUGCCCGUUCCGCCACAGCCAAUGUGCCCAAAGGAGACACGGGUGAGUGUGAGUUACGGCCUUGGGCUUUCACAUGAUGACCAGGGUCGGGACAUUGUCAGGUUGAAAUCCUCCGCUGUGUCGCAUGAUGUUCCAUACGGAGACCAUUUCAGCGUCGAGGAGAACAUUGAGAUGGUUCGUGAGGGUGACGGCGUCCUCGUCACGAAAUCAUUCUCUGCGGAUUUCGUCAAACGCACGUUUUUGCGGUCGAUGAUCGAGUCCAGCAUCAAGAACUCACAAAAGGAUACUUGCGAGAAGCUCAUGAGCGUCCUUCAGAGCUAUGCGGAGGAUAUGUCCCCUGUCAAUGUCGGAUCGCCAACUUCAUGCACUCCUAGGCCGAGGUCGUCCAAUUCAGGGAUCUUCGGUAUGAUCGACGACGACGAGAGCAGCAUGGAGGAUGCAGUAUCUAUCGGCGAUGAUGGCUUCGAGUCGGCGGAAGAAGAUCCCGUGAUUUCUGCGGCUUUAGCUGGGACGGACGAUGAUAUGGACGGCAGCCUGGUCUCGGCUCUCCCAUCCAUAGUUGAUUUCUUGGGUGACCUUGGAGACACCAUCACAAGCAUUGCUGCAAAUACCUGGGUGAAGCAGAAUGCCAUGAAGUCGGUGGACCUUCGAUGUGAGGUCUGGGAAGUGCAGAGGAGAACCACGAUGUUCCAUGAAGAUUGGCGAGCUCCCUUCCUUCCACACGAUGGGCAGAAGCAAGCGCGAUGGGUCGACUCAAGGUUCCACAAACAUCCCUGGCUGCUAGCGAAGACCAGCGUCAGUGCUGCAGCCGCGGUUCCACCGCUCGAACCCCCACCGGCCAUGAGGGAAAAGGGCGAAUGGACCGUCAGCCCAGAUGGUGUUGCCGACAAGGACGGUUGGCAGUAUUCGACCGAUUUCCACCGGACGGGCUCCAAAUGGGGAGCCAAAUCAACCAUUGGGUUGUGCCGGAAACGGCGUUGGGAGUGCAGCUUUGUCCGUCAGCCUUGUUUGCCCAACCCACGGGUCGUCAAAAUGCAGAUGUGGGAGCUACAGAGGAGGACCACAAUUUUUCAGAGCGACUGGCGCGCACCUUUCCUGCCUCACGAUGCUUUACGGCAACGCUGGCGGUGGGUAGAUUUGGACUUCAACAUCCACCCGUGGAGCCAUUCGGAUCCGAGCACGUUCUCCUCCGCAGAAAAGCCUCCCAUACAAGCACCAGAUGGCUGGGAGGCCGAAGGCUGGGUGGUCGCCGAGCCCACAGGAACCUGUGAUCCGGCGCGGUGGCAAUAUUCCACAGACUUCAACCGAUCCGGCAAUCGCUGGGGUAGUAAUUCGACCGGGAUGAGCUGCCGAAGGCGGCUCUGGUCGUGCAUUUUUACGGAACGAUGCCGAUUGAAGCUUUGA